AUGCCAUCAGUUCCUUGCUCCAUCACCUGGGUCCUGUCUACAACCCCCUGUGGGAAAUGCUCCAGAAGAAUUCUGGAGUUCCUGAGGGUACAUCCCAAUGUGACCUUGGAAAUAUACGCAGCCAAGCUGUUCAAACACCUGGAUAUCCGUAACCGGCAAGGUCUCAGGAACCUGGCAAAGAAUGGGGUCGUUAUACGUAUCAUGAAACUUGCAGAUUACAGUUACUGGUGGAAAAGAUUUGUUGCAUACCAACAUGGAGAAGAUGAUUAUUGGCCCUGGAGCUUCGCUUCAUACAUAUUUCUGAAUUGGAUAGAGCUCUGUCAUAUCCUUUUGGGGCUUCCUCCAUUUCUGGCGAACUUUGAAUACUAA